AUGUGUGACAACAUCCCGCCAUGGAAUAUCGUCCACAAGUUGGAGAAGCGUCGGCUUCUCAUCGCGAUCAACUGUAUUGCGGCGCUGUCAAUUCUGUUCUUUGGAUAUGAUCAAGGAAUGAUGUCGGGCGUGAAUAACGCAGAUGACUAUAUCAACCUCAUGAAAUUCGGAUAUACAACAACGGAGAAUGGCGAGACAACGGUAGUCACCACCAACUCACUGCUAAAGGGCGGAAUUGUUGCCGUGUAUUACUUGGGAAGUCUUUUCGGUGCUUUGUUUGGUGGCUGGCUAGGUGACCGGAUAGGUCGAAUCAAGUCCAUUGCUGUUGGUACAAUCUGGGCUAUCGUGGGUGCGAGUCUGCAGUGCUCAGCCCAGAACCAUGAUUGGAUGAUAUGUGCCCGUUUCGUCAACGGUAUUGGUACUGGAAUUCUGAAUGCGAUUGUCCCCGUCUGGGCAACAGAGACGGCGGAGCAUACCUCGCGAGGUCAAUUCAUCGCGAUUGAAUUCACCUUGAAUAUUUUUGGUGUUGUGUUGGCUUACUGGCUAGAGUUCGGCCUGUCUUUCAUAGAUGGAGGGAAGUCUCCCUUCCGCUGGAGAUUUCCAAUCGGUUUCCAGAUUAUUUUCCUUGUGAUCCUGUUUUUCGCUGUCUGGUUCUUCCCCGAGUCUCCUCGCUGGCUUGUAAAGGUCGGUCGAGAGCAAGAAGCCCGGUAUAUCUUGCAACGUCUGCGUGGAAGUAGCCAAGAAGAUUUGGUCAGGGCAGAGGCGGAGUUCCUUGAUGUCCAGAAUAUCGCCGAGAUGGAAAAGACCAUCGUCCACGGCAACUCGUACCUCUCAAUGCUGUUUGGGUACAAAUCAGGAGACUUGCAUAUCGGUCGUCGCGUGCAACUGGUCAUUUGGUUGCAGAUCAUGCAGGAGUGGGUUGGAAUUGCAGGUGUUACCGUUUACGCUCCGACGAUUUUCACUAUUGCAGGAUUUGAUUCGAUGAAGAGUCAGUGGAUUAGCGGUUUGAAUAAUAUUUUCUACAUGUUCGCCACACUGGUCUGCGUAUUCACUCUGGAUCGCAUUGGUCGUCGAUGGACCUUAUACUGGGGCUCAGUAGUCCAGGGCAUUGCAAUGUUCCUAGCAGGUGGUUUCUCUCGUCUCGCUAUAAACGCCAAAGCAGCUGGGAAUACUACCCACUCGUCUUCAUAUGGUGCGGCUGCAGCCUCGAUGAUUUUUAUCUUCACUUCGACAUUCGGUGCGACGUGGUUGACGGUACCUUGGUUAUACCCUGCUGAGAUCUUUCCGCUGGCGGUGCGGGCGCGUGGAAAUGCCUGGGGUGUCGUUGGAUGGAGUAUUGGAAAUGGUUGGCUGACGCUUUUGUGUCCUGUCAUGUUCGAUGCCAUUGAUGAAAAGACAUUGUAUAUCUUCGCUGCCAGCAACGUCAUCACCAUUCCGAUGGUCUGGGCUUUGUAUCCCGAGAGUAACCAGCGAACACUGGAGGAUAUGGAUCUUUUGUUCGCGGCCAAGACGCCGUGGACGUGGGAUGCGGAGAAGACUUUCGCUCGUCUCAAAGCUGAAAAUCCCGGUAUGGUGCAGGCUGUUGCUGGGAAGGGUAGCGUGAUGGAUCCUGAAACGGGCAAGGUCCAAGAACCCAAAUCAAAUCCCCCAGAAUCAGAAUCAGAAUCACCAGACUCACCUCAAACCAAAUCCCCAAAAUCACCAAAACAACUUGAACUCUCAAACACCCAACUCCAACAAAAAUACCUCCACCGAAUCUCCCUCCAUCCAACACUCACACCCUACCGCCGCCGCGUCUAUCGAGUCCUUCUCUCCGUACCACCAGGUCGCUGGACUACAUACUCGGCCAUGGCAACGUACCUAAACUCCAGCGCGCGAGCGGUGGGGAAUGCGAUGCGCACGAAUCCUUUCGCACCUGAGGUUCCUUGUCACCGUGUCCUUGCGGCGGGUGGAUCGUUGGGUGGAUAUAAAGGGGAGGGAUUUGUGAAGAAGGAUAUUGGGGUUGGUUCGUUUCGGGAUGAGAAGAGGAUAAGGUUGAAAGAGGAGGGGGUUGGGUUUGAUUCUAUGGGGAAAGCGACGGGGAUUUGUUUUACGGAGUUUAAGGAUCUUGGGGGUAAGAAAUGA